AAAAAAUCCAUCAAAGUUGUUGGAACAAUCGCUUCAAAACACAACGAAAUUAACCUUAAACCCUUGGAUUCAAUCAACAUAAACUGCAAUUCUAAAUUCUUUCUACAAUAAUCGAAUUGAAGAAAAAUGUCAUCUUGGAUCCCUUCACUCUUCAAUCCCUUCACCGACGACGACAAUAAUCUCAAUCCACCCGAGCAUUCCUCACCCCCAAAAAGCCCUGCUGCCGGCGCUAGGGAUGAUCUCUCAGCCGUGUUCCGCGGUGUCGCCGCCUUUCUCGCGCCUCCCCCGGCGGCGACUGCCUCCUCAUCUGAGGCAAUCGAUGGGAUUAAAAGUGAUUUGGCUGAAAUCCAGGGCACAUUCAGAUCAGGGCUAUCGCUAAUCUCGUCGAAGAUUACUUCGAAUCUACUGCAGCUACAGAAUCAAAUCAGUGAUGGAGAUGGGAAUGAUGGCGUGGAAGAAGAGGGGGAAGAGGAAGAUGACGAUGAGGAAGAUGGAUUGGGGAUUAGUGAAGAGAUUUUGGAAUUUGUUUUGAAAAUCUCGAGGCGGCCGGAGCUGUGGACUGAUUUCCCCCUUUCCAUGCCUGAAAUUGAUUUUCAAUUGUCAAAUUAUCAGAAAGAGCAUGCGGAAAAUAUUGACCAUUUGGUACCUGACUUUGAGAUGCUGAGGCAGAAACUAUGCAGUCAAAUGAGCAAGGAGAAGUUUUGGCUUAUAUACUUUAUUCUACUUCUUCCCAGGUUGAAUGAAGAAGAUCUGAAGCUUCUCUCGACUCCACAGGUUGCUGAAGCAAGGGAGACACUUUUGAAGCAACUUCAAAAUAAGAAUGCUCAAGAAACCUCCGGAAACCCUGACUCAUCUGAUGCUAAGGAUGCAUCAUCUGAGACUGUAAAUCCAACUCAACCCAGCGAGACUGUUGAAGAGCCUGAACCUGAAUCUGAAUCUGAAUCUGUAUCUGGUCAUCAGCCAGAGGAAGUUGAGGCAGGCCCGUCCGCUGAUGCUCACAAGCAAUCUCCAAACGAGGAGGAUGUUUCAUUUAGCGAUCUUGAAGACGAGGAAAAUGAUGAUCCGUCAGAUAAGCUAUCAGCACGUAGAGCAUCAACGAGCGAAAAAGCUUGGGUUCAACUGGAUGAGAACUCGGGAUCUCAGGGUUCUAAGCCAAACGCAAGCCACAAUGUUUCAAAGGAUAAAGAAUCAGAAGGUGAGGAUUCGAACGAUUGGCUCACUGUUGAUGAUACCGAUUUCGACAAUUUGGGAGCAGUGUGAAACUUCUACCAUGUGUAAAUUUAUUUCUCCCUUCCUAUAUUUUUUUUUCUUUUACAUUUCUGUGUAGAAAUUAGCAGCCUUAGUUGAUUAAAGGAGGAUGGGCGAUAUUACAAUGCAUGUCAAGAAAUUGCUUUCUUUUUCUUUUUUUUUUGGUCAUUUUAGUGUUGCUUAUUUUCGUCAACUGUGAUAUGUGUGUUUAAUUUGUAUAUAAAUUAAUGUGUAUUUUUUGGGUGUA